AUGUUGGUGUCCGUCUUUUCAAGGAGCUAUACUUCCGUUUCGAAGCGAGGAGUCAGGCUUAUUCACAAUCUACCAACCAGAUGCCCCAUUUCUCUUAGUUACGAGAACUUGACCCCCAAGACCGUCACCGCUGGCGACAUCUCAUCCAGUCCCAACGCUCCGGUUAUCUUUAUCCACGGACUUUUUGGUAGUAAGCAGAACUUCAAAUCAGUCGGUAAGAGCUUGUCGCGUGCGUUGGUGGCUCCUUCCUAUGCCGUGGACCUCCGUAACCAUGGUCUCUCUCCCCACGCGAGACCCUUCACCUAUGAAGCCAUGGCCAGGGAUGUUGUCAGCUUGUUGGAAACUGAGUUGCAGACCACCAAGGGCGAAAACAUAAAGUUUACGGUGGUGGGCCACUCUAUGGGGGCCAAGGUUGCCAUGCUCGUGUCAUUGUUGUCUCCCCACCUUGUGGAUAAGCUUGUGGUUGUGGACAACUCUCCAGUGGGGGCCAGGUUGGGGUUGAGCUUUGAUCAGAACUUGAAGGCGAUGCAGGAGGUGGAGAAAGCCAAAAUCCCAAGCUCCAGGAAAACCUGGAGACAGGAGGCGGAGGCGAUCAUCGCCAAGUAUGAGAAGGACCCAAACGUUAGAAUGUUCUUGAUGGCUAAUUUGAGCAACAAGCCGCUCUCCAUCGAUUCUCCAAUCGAUUUCAACGACGGUAACGUGCAUUUUCGUUUACCGGUCAACUACUUUGGCCACGGCUCGGACGGUCUCCUCAACCUUGUUGGAGACUGGCCCGCCGAAGCCGUGGCCGGCUCAAAGUUUACCCGCGGGACUUUGGUCUUGAAGGCCAAACACUCCACCUUUGUCAACGACGAGACUUUAAAGGAUUUUGAAACGUACUUCCCAGGCUAUUCGUACGAAGAGUUUGACUCUGGUCACUGGUUGAUCACCGAAAAACCGAAACAGUUUAUGGAGUCCGUGGCUGCGUUUGUUCAGGGAUAA